AUAAUUUGCCAUACAAGAAUUACAUCUCUUUUCCCUACAUGCAGGGCUCUCAUGACUCCAAGCACCCUCUUAUUGUGAAAAUUCUAGAUGCAGUCAGAGGAAGUCCAGCUUCCAGUGUAUCAAUUAAAUUAUAUAAAAAGGCUGAUGAUGGGACGUGGCAGCUCUUAAGUUCAGGAAAAACCAAUGAAUAUGGUGAGAUCCAUGAGCUUACAACCGAGAAACAAUUUGUAACAGGGUUAUACAAGAUUGAGUUUGACACAGUCACUUACUGGAAGGGACUCGGCCUUAACCCAUUCCACGAAUACGCUGAUGUGGUAUUCACUGCUAAUGAUUCUGGUCAUCGUCAUUAUACUAUUGCUGCUCUCAUCAGUCCCUUUUCCUACUCAACUACAGCUGUAGUUAGUGAACUACGACAAUUUUUAAUAAAACCUUCUUUUAAAAAAAAGAUCAGACUGAAACGUGAUUUUUGCAAAACGAAUGAUGGUUUUUCACAGAUUCAUAAUUUAGGACUGGAAGGGACUCGAGACGUCAUCGGUCAUGGUUCCGCCCUUAAGCAGACUCGUGGUAGUUUAUCAACUAACCACAGCUAUAUAAGAUAG